AUGUCGAAUGAUAUCCCGAUCGACUUCACUGAGUUAACUCAGUUAACUCAAUUAGGGAUCCAACAAUCAUCGUUGGACUUCAAGUCCACCACCUUGGAGUCUGACCGUUAUGUCUGUGUCCGAGAGUCCGGAGCCAGCGGAAACACCGUUGCCAUCGUCGACUUGAAGAACAACAACGAGGUCACCAGAAAGAACAUGACUGCGGACAACGCCAUCAUGCAUCCAACCGAAAACGUGGUUUCCUUGAGAGCCAACGGAACCACCUUGCAGAUCUUCAACUUGGAAUCCAAGCAAAGGUUGAAGGCGUUCACCAUGGACGAACCAGUGGUGUACUGGAAGUGGUUGGACAACCAGCACUUGGGGUUGGUCACCGGAUCUUCCAUCUUCUACUGGAACGUAUUUGACGGCUCCAACAAUGGCCCCGUCAAGUUGACCGAAAGACACCACACCUUGAACAAUUGUCAGAUCAUAAACAUCGUCGCCGAGCCAGACUUGAACUGGUUUGCCGUCAACGGUAUUGCCCAAGAAGAUGGUCGUAUUGCUGGUCACAUCCAAUUGUUUUCCAAGGCCCGUAAUGUCUCCCAAGCUAUUGAGGGUCAUGUCUCCAAGUUCGCCUCCAUCAAGUUGUCCGGUGCUGCUUCUCCUACCAAGGUCUUCUGUGUUGGUAACAAGAACGCCAGUGGUCAAGGUAACUUGCACAUCAUUGAGAUCGACCAUGUCGACGGCAACCCUCCUUUCCAAAAGAAGUUGGUCGACAUUUUCUUCCCUCCUGAUGCUGCUAACGAUUUCCCAAUCAGCUUGCAAGCUUCUGACAAGUACGGAAUUGUUUAUGUUUUGACCAAGUACGGUUUCAUCCAUUUGUACGACAUGGAAACUGGUGCCAACUUGUUUGUCAACAGAAUCACCGCUGAUCCAGUUUUCACUGCGUCUGCUUACAAUUCUGGCACUGGUAUUAUCACCAUCAACAAAUCUGGUCAAGUUUUGACUGUUGAAGUGGCUAAGGACAAGAUCAUUCCAUACGUCUUGGAAAAGUUGUCCAAUGUUCCAUUAGCAUUAGCAUUGUCUUCUCGUGGUGGCUUCCCAGGCGCUGAAAACUUGUUCAACCAACAGUUCCAAAACUACUUGAACCAAGGUGACUACGCCAACGCUGCCAAGGUAGCUGCUUCUUCCGAGCAAUUGCGUACUCAGGACACCAUCAACAAGUUGAAGCACAUCACCCCUCAACCAGGUCAAAUCUCUCCAAUCUUGCAAUAUUUCUCCACAUUGUUGGACAGAGGAACCUUGAACAAGUACGAAUCCAUUGAAUUGGCCAAGCCAGUCUUGCAACAGGAUCGUAAACCAUUAUUUGAAAAGUGGUUGAAGGAGGACAAGUUAACUUCUUCUGAAGAAUUGGGUGAUAUUGUAAAGUCUUACAAUGACCCUGCAUUGGCUUUGGCUGUUUACAUCAGAGCCAAUGUCAACAUCAAGGUUGUAUCUUGUUUGGCUGAAUUAGGCCAAUUUGACAAAAUUUUGCCAUACUGCCAAAAGGUUGGAUACAACCCAGAUUACACCAACUUGAUCCAAAACUUGAUCAGAGUUAGUCCAGACAAGGCAAGCGAAUUCGCCGUUUCUUUGUUGGCUGGUGGAGAGGCCAACUUGAACACUGAAGUCAUUGCUGAUUUGUUCUUCUCCCAGAACUACUUCCAACAAGGUACUGCCUUCUUGUUAGAUGCCUUGAAGAACGACUCACCUGCUGAAGGUCACUUACAAACCAAGGUAUUGGAAGUUAACUUGUUGAAUGCUCCACAAGUCGCCGAUGCCAUUUUGGGUAACAACAUGUUCAGCCAUUAUGAUAAGCCAACUAUCGGUAAGUUGUGUGAAAAGUCUGGCUUGUUCCAAAGAGCAUUGGAACACUACGAUGACUUGAAGGACAUCAAGAGAGUUAUUGUUCACACCAACGUGUUGCCAAUUGACUGGUUGGUCGGAUACUUUGGUCAAUUGAACGUACAACAAUCUGUCUCUUGUUUGAAGGAAUUAUUGAGCAACAACAUGCAACAAAACUUGCAGGCUGUUAUUCAAGUUGCUACCAAGUACUCUGAUUUAAUCGGAGCUUUGACUUUGAUCAAGAUCUUCGAAGAUUUCAAGUGUACUGAAGGUUUGUACUACUACUUGUCUUCUAUUGUCAACUUGACUCAAGAACCAGAUGUUGUCUUCAAGUAUAUUCAAGCUGCUGCUAAGAUGAACCAAACCAAGGAGAUCGAAAGAGUUGUCAGAGACAACAACGUCUACAAUGGUGAAAAGGUGAAGAACUUCUUGAAGGAGUUCAAGUUGGACGACCAAUUGCCAUUGAUCAUUGUUUGUGACAGAUUCAACUUCGUUCAUGACUUGAUCUUGUACUUGUACAAGAACCAAUAUUUCAAGUUUAUUGAAGUCUACGUUCAAUCCGUGAAUCCCGCCAACACCCCACAGGUUAUUGCUGGUUUAUUAGAUGUUGACUGUGAAGAAUCCAUUAUCAAGAACUUGUUACUCUCAGUUUUGGGCCGUGUUCCAAUCAAGGAAUUAGUUGCAGAAGUUGAAAAGAGAAACAGAUUAAAGAUCUUAUUGCCAUUCUUGGAAAAGACUUUAGAAGGUGGUUCUAACGAUCAGGAAGUCUACAACACCUUGGCCAAGAUUUACAUUGAUUCGAACAAUGCACCAGAGAAGUUCUUACAAGAAAACAACAAUUACGAUACCUUGGCUGUUGGUAAAUACUGUGAAAAGAGGGAUCCAUACUUGGCUUACAUUUCUUACUCUAAGGGUGGAAACGAUGAUGAAUUGAUCAACAUCACCAACGAAAACAAAAUGUACAAGUACCAGGCAAGAUACUUGUUAAGUAAGUCUGAUUUCGACUUGUGGAACAAGGUCUUGCAGGAAGACAACAUUCACAGAAGACAAUUGGUUGACCAAGUCAUCUCAACUGGUAUUCCAGAAUUGAGUGACCCUGAACCAAUCUCUAUUACUGUGAAGGCUUUCAUGGAAAACGACUUACCACAAGAGUUGAUUGAAUUGUUGGAAAAGAUCAUUUUGGAACCAUCUCCUUUCAAUGACAACACCUCAUUACAAGGAUUGAUGAUCUUGACUGCUAUCAAGGCUGAUUCUUCCAGGGUUAGCAACUACAUUGAAAAGUUGGACAAGUUUGACCCUGAAGAAAUCGCUCCUUUGUGUAUUGACAAUCAGUUGUAUGAAGAAGCAUUCGAGGUUUACGAUAAGUUUGAGUUGAGAUUAGAAGCCAUCAAGGUCUUAGUUGAAGAGAUUAUGUCUUUGGACAGAGGUGAACAAUAUGCUGAAAAAUACGAUACCCCUGAAUUGUGGUACCAAUUGGGUAGUGCUCAAUUGAACGGUUUGCGUAUUCCUGAAGCCAUUAACUCUUACGUUAAGUCUAAGAUUCCAGACAACUAUGAACAAGUGAUUGAAAUCUCUGAACAUGCAGGAAAGGAAGAAGAGUUGAUCGCCUUUUUGGACAUGGCCAGAGAGAACUUGAGAGAACCAGUCAUUGAUGGUGCUCUUAUCAACGCUUACGCUUCCUUGGACAGAUUGUCUGACAUUGAAAAGUUUGUUGGCGGUUCUAAUGUCGCUGACUUGGAAUCUAUUGGUGACAAAUUGUUUGAAGCCAAGAACUACAAGGCAGCUAAGAUUUUGUAUAGCAAUGUCUCCAAGUACUCUAAGUUGGCCACCACUUUGGUCUAUUUAGAAGACUACCAAGGUGCCGUUGACUGUGCCAGAAAGGCAUCAAACACUAGUGUUUGGAAACAAGUUAACAGUGCUUGUAUCGAGAACAAGGAAUUCAGAUUGGCCCAGAUUUGUGGUUUGAACUUGAUCAUCGAUGCCGAAGAAUUGCCAGAAUUGGUUAAGACUUAUGAGUUCAAUGGUUACUUCAAUGAGUUGAUUGCUCUUUUCGAGAGUGGUUUGGGUUUGGAGAGAGCUCAUAUGGGUAUGUUCACCGAAUUGGCUACUUUGUACGCCAAGUACAGCCCAGAAAAGGUUAUGGAACACUUGAAGUUGUUCUGGUCCAGAAUCAAUAUUCCAAAGGUAUUGACCGCUUGUGAGGAAGCCCACUUGUACCCAGAAUUGAUCUUCUUGUACUGCCACUAUGAAGAAUGGGACAAUGCUGCUUUGACUAUGAUUGAGAGAUCCGAAGUUGCUUUCGACCACUCUGCCUUCAAGGAAAUCAUUGUCAAGGCACCAAACUUGGAAAUUUACUACAAGGCCAUCAACUUUUACUUGAAUGAAAACCCUUCAUUAUUGGUUGACUUGUUAUCUGUCUUAACUCCUAAGUUGGACUUACCAAGAGUUGUUAGAAUUUUCGUCAAGUCUGAUAACUUGCCAAUGAUCAAGCCAUUCUUGAUUUCAGUCUUGGAAAAGAACAAUUCUGUUGUGAACUCUGCUUACCACGACUUGUUAAUUGAAGAAGAAGACUACAAGUCUUUGAGAUCUUCUAUCGAGAACGAAUCGAACAACAGAUUUAACAAGUUGGACUUAGCUGAAAGAUUAGAGAAUCACGAUCUCAUCUUUUUCAGACAAAUCUCUGCCACCUUGUAUACCAAGGAAAAGAAGUUCAACAAGGCUAUUUCUAUCUUGAAGAACGACAAAAACUGGCCUGGAUUAAUCAAGACCGUGGCCAUUUCCAAGUCCACCAAGCUUGCACAUGAAUUGUUGGACUACUUUGUCGAAACUGGUAACCAUGAAUGCUUCAUCACCUUGUUAUACUCUUCCUAUGAAAUCAUCUCUUACGAUUAUGUUCUUGAAUUAUCCUGGUUACACAACUUGGGUAACUUCAUUAAACCAUAUGAAAUCUCCAUUGCUUACGAAAACCAAAAGAAGAUCAAUGAAGUGUAUCAAGACUUGAAGAAGAGAAGGGACGCUGAAAAGAGAGAAGAAGACUCCCCAUCUGUUGGUCAACCAUUGAUGAUUACUAACGGCACUGGUUUGGGUUACCAACCAACUGGUGCUGGCUUUGGUAAUGCGUUUUAG